ACACACUGUCUGGUGAAUGCAUUAAUUCAUGUUUAAUCAGAACUAUUAUUACAGUAACUGGUGUUGAUUCUAAUUUCUAAUUUGAUAAAACUAGAAAAAUAAACAAAAGUGGGCGUGUCUGUUCUCUGCCACGCCCACACAGGUUUACAUGUUUAAACUGAUCACAGAUGUGUUACAGUUUAGUGUUUCUUCUUCUUCUUCUUCUUCUUCUUCUUCUUCUUCUUCUUCUUCUUCUUCUUCUUCUUCUUCUUCUUCUUCUUCUUCUUCUUUUACAAAGUAAAACAUUUAAAUGAACUUCUUUCAUGAACUUGACUUUGUUUCUCACAGACUCCGCCCGUCUGCUCUGACUGCUGCUAUAAACCAAGCGCUCCUCGGUCUGUUUCCUCCUACAUAUAUUGGAACGAGCAGAACUUCCUGUCAGAACGAACUGCUCGUGUUUUCAGAAACAUGAAGCUGCAGACCUGAGAUCAGGUUUUCUCUGGUUGAGGGGCUCAGCUCUGAAGACCUGAUGGCAGAACUGAACCAGGACCCAGUGGACCCGGCAGAGACUGCAGGUGAACAUCUCAGUGGUUCCAGUUUGACGACGAAGGAGCUGCAGCAGAACCUGAAGCUGAUGAAGCGAGGACACCGCCUGGUCCGGGUGCUGUUUGAGAUCCCGUCCAGUCGGAUCGUCCAGCAGCCUCUGAGCAAACACGUGGUGUAUCAGGUCAUGGUGAUGCGUUCAGGCAGCUUCGACUCUCACCGUGUUUGGGUGGAGCGCCGCUACAGCGACUUCUUCAGUUUUCACCACAAACUGCAGGAGGAGUUCCAGGAGGAGCUGGAGGACGUGCUCCUGCCCCGGAAGCUCCUGACGGGGAACUUCAGCCCCGAGAACAUCUCGGAGCGCCGCCUGGCCCUGCAGGACUACCUGGCCCAGCUGUUCUCCACCCACUGCGUCCGACACUCGCCUCAGUUCCCGGCGUUCUUCACCGAGCCGGAGCUGAAGCGGGCCCACGUGUUGCUGCGGGCCGGCCAGUUCCGGGAGGCUCUGGAGCUGCUGCAGACGGUUCUGGAGAUCCAGGAGAAGCUGCUGCCCUGGCAGAAGUCCACCCUGACGGUUCCGACCCUGUCGGCCCUCGCCGUGUGUUACCGCGACCUGGACGAGCCCGAGCAGGCGUUCGGCUCCGCCCACAAAGCCCUGCCCGCGGUGAGACGCUACGGGCCCAGGAGCUACAGGGCGGCGCUGCUGGAGCUGCUGGUGGACCUGGGGUACCAGCUGAGGCGGCCCGUGGCCCAGCUGCAGGACGAGCUGACGGGCCUCAGAGACGCCGAGAGGGGGGAGGUGUCCUUCCGCUCGCUCAAGGAGGAGGUGAUCCAGCAGUUCACCUGAGGAGGAGGAGCCAACACUCACCUGAAACCUGUGACAGGAAGUGUGGAUCUGGGUUUAAAUAUUGACUUUAACUGAUCAGAUUUUAAUUUAAUCAACAUGAAACAAACUUUAUUGUUUUUACUCUGAAAUCUGAACUUUGAAAAAUAAGUUUUAUUUUUUUUCAGUGUAAAAGUUUUCUUUUUAUUGUUUUCGUUGCAGGAAACAAACAGGAAGUUGCACAUGUUGGUCAACAGAUGACAGAAACUUCAAUCUUUUUAUUUUAAACUCUUCUCUUCUGUAGCUUUUUGUCACAAAUCAAUCUUUACACAGACAUUUUAAAAGUAGUUUAAUAWAAUUGUAAGAAAAUGA